AUGGCCUCGGUUGGGCGCAGGAGGAGCCUGACGUCGUCGCUGGCAGCGCCCGUCGACCAGGCCCUGUCCAAGAGCCCCACCACCUCUGCCCUCUCCGUGGGCAGCGACGGGCCCGGCGACACCCACGACGGCGCCCUCGACCGCCUGAGGCGCCGCAACUCGGACGACGGGCGCAGCGACAGCUCGUCCCACCACCGCCGCCGCCUGUCGGGCCUGUUCAAGCGCAAGAAGCGCAGCGAGGGAACCGAGAGGGACGAGGACAAGGGAAGGGGACAGCACAAGGGAAAGCGAGGGCACAACGAAAGAAACGGCAGCAGCGACGACCUCUCGCGCCUCUCGCAGCUGGACCACGUCGACACGGCGUCCGCCCUCACCGCGGACAGCACACGCCCGGGCGCAGAGCCGCGGAACCUCAGCGACGACUCGCUUGGUCUGCACCGGAGCGUCGCGAGCAGCCUGCUCACCGACGACUCGGACUCGGACUCGGACUCGGACUCGGACUCGGACUCGGACACUGCCUCCCCAGCACGCCGGCCUGGCAUAUCACCGCACCUCUCCCAUGCUGGCCUCCUCACCCUCUCCUCGCCUCUGAUCACCUCGGAGACCGUCGCCUCGCUGACGUCCCAAGAACAAGGACAAGGCGGCCGCUCCACGAGCCACGCCAACACAAUCGACGUCCCCGCCAACACAAUCGACGUCCCCGCCAACAAGUGGGGAGUCUCGCCCGUGGGCAAGCUCAAGGACGCCUUCAACCCCACGCGACGCUCAACCUCGCCCAAGCCUGCAGGCGACACAGACAGCCCCAGGCCCGCCUCCACCGCGGGAGCACUAGGCUCGCUCUUCGGAGGGAAAAAGCGCGAGCAGAGGGUCCUCGACGAUCCCGCCGUGCCUUCACCACUACACAUCAACACAGGAUCCGAGACGCUGUCCACCACUUCGCUGCCGUCAACGCGUCCUAGCCGCAUCAUCACCCACAUCCCUGCCGCCCCGCCCGACACGCUCGACGCCCCCACCACCUUUGUGACCCCGCCCACCCCCGUCGAUAGGCCCGCACCCUCGCCCACCCAUUCCACCCACUCCAACAACGGCACCAAGCACAGCCCCUCGCGCUCCAACCCCAACAUCGUCGUCUCCGCUUCGGGGAACAUGAUAUCGCACAGACGCGUGCGCUCCACCUCCAACGCCCAAACCAAGCUCUCCAACUACAUCUCAGCUCCCCUCACCCCUCACCCAGAGGAAGCAAAGACCCCUGGCGGCACCGCUGUCCUCCAAUCUCCCAGCACCGGCUUCUUUUCCUCCGUCUUCUCCGCCGCUCAGAACGCUGCCAACCAGUUCAGCAACACAAUCGCUCAAAACACCGCGCCCAAAAACAAGGCAGACAAGCAACAGCACAGGGAAGCCGACCAGCCAGAGGACGCCGGCGAACAAGUCUUUGCACCUGCCAACAUCGAGCCAGCAACCGAAGGAUUGGAGAAGCCCCGGCCCGCAAUCGAGACACUGGGUUCGGGAAAUCUCAGCUUGGCACAUCUUGGAAUAGCGGAGAGCACCCAAGUCAGCCCCAUGUCUUCCUCGACCAACGUCACAACCACGGCCGACGAGGCUUCGGCAAAGGUCGAGGAUGCUGCUGCUGCUGCCGAGGCAGUGACGGCCGCCUACGCAGCCAAGCCGCCCUCCAUCAGCAGCGAACGACCACGUUCGCUCACCGUCGAAUCGGGAGGUCCGGGUGCAGCCUCGCCUAAGAGGGACGCCGACACGGCGGAUUCUCCCGCCGCUGGCUCCAUACAAAGGCAAGGCAGCAUUCGCAGCCGCAUCAGCGGCGGGAGACGGAGACGCCACAGAGGCAGCUCGGCCGCCACGGGCAAUACCAGCAACACGAUGGCUGCUGCCAUCGGAGCUAGCCCCUCCACGCUGGCUCCUGCGCCUGCACUGCAAGGCCACCGGCUGAACGGAACUGGCUUCGCCGUCGCGCCCCCGAAGCGCAACAAGGACUUUCACAGUCUGUUCAAGAGCGUACCCGAAGACGACUAUCUCAUCGAGGACUACAGUGCAGCGCUUCAGAAGGAGAUCUUGCUCCACGGUCGACUCUACGUCUCCGAAGGCCACCUCUGCUUCUCCAGCAACAUCCUAGGCUGGGUCACGAACCUCGUCAUCAGCUUUGACGAAGUCGUCUCUGUCGAGAAGAAGUCGACCGCAGUCCUGUUCCCAAACGCCAUUGUCAUCCAGACGCUCCACGCCCGCAACGUCUUCGCUUCGUUCCUGGCGCGCGACUCUACGUACGAUCUCAUCAUCGGCAUCUGGAAAAUCUCCCACCCCAACCUGAAGUCUUCGCUGAAUGGCGUGACCAUCGACGAGUCAGCGGGAACUGGCGACAAGACGGAAAAGGCCGAGUCCAUCGGCAGCGACGACGGCUCCAUCGAGUCUGACGACGAAGUCUACGAUGAGGAUGCAGAGGAAGAGGACGGAAUGGGGAGCUUUACGGAAGCCGGCGAAGGCAGCGUCGCGGGGAGCGAUGUCGGUUCCCUCGCGGGCGAGGCACCGGCCGCUCGCAAGGUGAGUGGUGCGGUUGCGCAGGCUGCUGGAGGUGGUGGCCAGACGGCAGAAGCUGCCAAGGCUGCCACGAGCGGUGCGGCAGCAACCAACGACUUUCCAGGCUCUGCCACACACGGACCCACGGAAUGCAACGACAGCGACAAGCACUACGACAAGCUCCUCAUCGACACGACUAUCCCAGCACCCUUGGGCAAAGUCUACAGCCUCAUGUUUGGUCCCGCUGCCGAUGUCUUCAUGCGGAAGUGGUUGAUCGAAGACCAGAAAUCAAUGGAUCUGCAGAUGGAGCAUGACAAGGACGGCCUGGGCGAGAAGAAGACGUCCUUCAGCUACUCGUACAUCAAGCCUCUCUCGGCACCAGUCGGGCCUCGUCAGACAAAGUGUAACAUCGACAUGACGCUGGAGCAGUAUGACCUGGAGAGGGCAGUCAGCGUGAACUGCAGCACGCAAACACCCGAUGUACCGAGCGGCAACAUCUUCCUCACAAAAACAAGAUACUGCAUGAUGUGGGGUCCUGGUAACAGUACACGCCUGAUCAUGACCUUUACGGUCGAAUGGAGCGGCAAGAGCUGGCUGAGGGGACCCAUCGAAAAGGGCGCAAACGACGGUCAAAUGUCCUACGCAACCUCCCUGACGGCUGCACUCCGUACCGCCGUAGCCGCCAAGCUCACAGCCCUCCCUAAAACCCUGGGCCGCAACGGAAGGUCUAAGAAACGUUCCAAGACGGCAGCCCUGGAAGAAGCACCCGUCAUCGCCGCCCCUGCCGCCCCGCAGCCGAAGCAGAGUAACUGGGGUCUACUCGAACCCAUCCGCACUCUCGUGCCAUUCGCAGACACCAUCGAGUCGCUGUUCACGCCACAGAUCCUGAUCACCGUGCUCGGCGCGCUACUCAUCUACUCAUGGUUCUUCCGCGGCCCAGCCACGGGCGUGACAGGACCCAACCAGUGGAGCACACCUCAGCGGCAAGUCGCCUACGAAGAGAUGUGGCGACGCGAGGAAAGCGAGCUGUGGAAGUGGCUCGAGGACCGCGUCGCGCUCGACCGCGUGCAGCACGAAGUGGGCGCAAAAUUCACACCGGACGACCAGCAGCGCUUGCCGCCGAACAACAUGAAGGAGAGGGAGAUGGACGAGGCGAUACGCGUCACCGAGGAGAGACUCGCCCAACUCAAACACUCGGUCGAGAAGAAGAGACAGAGGAACCAGACCAAAAGCCCAAAGGAGAAGGCGACGUGA